AUGGCUAGCGCAUGCGGGCUUGCUGCAGCAGCUUGUCAGGCCAGACUCGAAUGGCAAUGGGUUGAGUUGUAUGAGUCUUCAACGGUGGCCCUUUUGCGCAAACAGUCCAGCGAUCUGUGUCGCCCUCUGGGAGAAGGGCGCAGCUGUUGCUCUGGAGGCAGCAGCGACGCCAUCCUCACUCCAACACCUGCGAACUCGACUGCACGCCAGAAAACGGGCCAAAUGGUCGAAUCACGCGCACCACCCUUUGCCCAGUCACUCCAAGCACUAUCCCAAUGUGGUGACACGGUCGUCUCUCUCUCUCUCUCUCUCUACUGCCCAUGGCCGGACCUUCUCACGUCUCGCGGCUCAGGAGAGACUUGGAGAGAGCUGCUGGCGGCUGCUGGCACACUCCCCAGACGACUCGACACACGCACACCAACACCAUCCGCGCAGAGGCUGCCGACACCAAUGAAAGCUGCCUUUGGAGACGAUGGUGUUGACGGUCCUCUGACUUUCCUGCCUGCGGGCAUGCCAAACAUGUUUCUAGCGCGCCCAUCGCCCCAGCUGGUCAGCCUGGUCGUGAUGCUGGGGUGGGGUCUGACCGCCCGCACUCGCCAUCACCCUGGACAACGCACUAGACAGGCUCCUAUCCUACACCGUAUCAUCGACACAUCGCCCCUGUCCAUUCCGUUCAACUCAAGUUACGCCAACUGCCCUGACUGGAAUCAACAAGACUCAACACAACCAUCACAGUCACGCUUGCCCGGGAUUCACUUGCUUGCUGCCAUUCCAUAUAUACUUGGCCAUCACGUCACAACCGCUUCCCCAGUCCGCUCUAUCCUGAAGACCCGAAUAGCAUCACCGACCAUGCCCGCUCUCUGCACCAACAUGCCCACUGUCAUACAACCCAAGCCCGCCGCUCCGGCCAAGAAGGAGCGUGUGGUUGGCUUCCACCGAGAUCCCGUGGCCUCCAUCUCGCGGCCCGUCAACACCGACGAGAGCUGGCCUGCCUAUCACUUUGAGAUGCACGCCCGCAAGUGUGCCUACUGCCACAGCCCCUAUGAAGUCUUCCGCAACCACGACCAACUCUGUGAUGUCGGCCACCGUCUAGCUCAAGAAGUGGCCCGCUUCAUCUACAACCGUGACGGAGCCACGUACUCGACUGUUGAGGAAGACAACAAAAUCGUUCGUGUCGAGCUCCCAGCCGGCUACAUCGAGGUCGCUGGUCUUCUCAAGGCCAUCGAGCGUAGCCUCCGCUCCCGGUCACGCAGAUCAUUCGUCUCCAUGGACCGCAGCUACUACAUCGCUCCCCGCUCCCCUCCCACCAUCCCGCAACGAAGUCGGUCGGUCAAGGUCGAGCAGGAGCCCAAGAUCAGAUCCAAGGCAUCACGGCCACGAUCUGGCGAAAUCGUCGACUGGCCAGAGUCCCAACCCAAGCCAAAGCGAGCCCUUACCGAGAUCAGCAACACGGCCGGCUCCAAGCGUGGCUCUCUAUACGAGGAGGACCUUGCCAAGCAGCGACGCAACGCAAAGCACUACUCCGUCGAGGUCCGCGAGCCCACCCGCGACUACCGCGUAUCCGACUACUACCGAUGA